CGGGCGCAGCUGCAGGCGGCCAUCAGGUGUUCUGCUCACAUGGUAGAAGCAGAUGUUCUUCUUCGGGGUGGCCAGGGAGGAAACRGUGACCCUAUCAUGGCUCAUCCACCUGAAACAGACAGUGACAACACGUUGCAGGAAUGGCUCGAAGAGAUUGUGAAGACAAACAAGGGCAUCAAGCUGGAUUUUAAGAGCCUGGAAGCUGUGCGGCCCUCGCUGCAGCUCCUUGGGCGCCAGAGGCAGCGCUUGAGGCGCCCCGUGUGGCUCAACGCGGACGUCCUGCCGGGGCCCAACGGCAGCAGCACCGUGGUGGAUGCCAGGGGCUUCCUCGACGCCGUCACGGCCUCCUGUCCGGAUGUGACCCUGUCGCUGGGGUGGUCGACUGGCUGGCAGCCUGCAAGGCAAAAUAGAGGCUAUGACUGGAUGAUGGUGAAAGAAAUGGCUCAGAUAUGCAGUACUCUUUCUCAGCCUGUAACUUUCCCUGUAAGAGCAGCCUUGGUUCCACAGUCGCUGUCUGAGCUCUGCUGGUUGUUGCAACAGUCAGACAGAUAUAGCCUCACUGUUUGGACAGGAAAGCAAGAUGAGUAUUCUGUAGAAGAUUUGCUGCAUGUACGAGAGCACUUCGACAAAAGUAGGGUGUAUUAUGAUAUCCUAGAACCACAAAAUUCGGAAUUCAAAAAAGCCAUAGGAAUAGAAUAUUAAAUGUGAUGCUAGCAAACUCUGAUGUCUGUCUUGAAUGUGAAAGUUUCUUUUUCAAGAGRAUGUUUGGGAUAUUUUCUUCCCCAAUUGUAUAGAAAGUAUCCAUGGAUAAUGAUUCCUUUGUAAUAAUACUUUAAAGGCUAUUCAGCUGGAAAAAUAAUGCCUUCUUUCAUAGGUGAGAAUGGUUAUUUGCUUAUCAUAUGCAUGUUCCCUCUYCUUCGUCCAGUAUCAAGUAGCAAAGACAACUCAUGUUCCUUAAAACCUUGCAGCAUGCAAGAACAUUUGCAAGUAUCUGAARUGAUAUGAUACUGGCCCCAAGGUGAUGUUGGUAAUUUGCUAUCAACUGCUGAUGUGCAAGCAGAGUGCGUGAGACAUUCUGUCUCUACCAAAGACCAUAUUUUUAUCUUUUGUACAGAAGGACAAAAGAAACAAGACUAGUAAAUACACCAGAAUGCAUGUCCUGAAGGAGCUGCUUUGUAACUUAUCUCGAUACCACUGUAUUUUUAGUGCUGUCAUAAUUGGUGAUGUUCUCACCCCAUGUCAAGAGAAGACUGUUUGCCAGCUGUUCCUGGUGGGAUCCGUGGUGAUCUACUUUGUGCCCGUGCUGGGCAGAAAGUGGUUGCUUGCACAGAAUUAGCACUAAAUCCGUUCUGUGCAGUGCAGUCCUCAGGCGUUUCACAUGCUGGCUUCCCACCAUUGAAAGAGCUUGUGAGGUGGAGAAGUGUUGACUGUUCUUUCAACUGAAUGC